UUCAAUAGACAGAUUGGAGUUUACAGGGUCACGAAACGAAGUAGCAGUGUGCUGGGGUGCAUUUGUCUCCUAUUUAAAAGGAGUUCGUAGAUUGCAAUAGCAUCGUGGAGGACCUUCCGUCUGCGCAGUUAAAGAGGGAGUUUCAGUUAGACGUGAACUGUGACACUUACAGUAACUUCGUAAAACCAAAGUGUUUUUAGCAACUUGCGUCUCUCUAUGUUUUGAGGUUUAUAGUCUUUGCUGUCGCUGGUGUUACAUCAUACUGUUUGUUUUUGACGUGAACCUUCGGACGCUGUAAGUUUCCAUCUUGAAAUAAUUGUUUUCAACAGUUUGAUCUGUAGCAAUAAACAUGUCCAGCACACUCCGGCCAAGACUAUGUGUUCUACAGAAAGGCGCGAAUGGCUACGGUUUCCAUCUUCACGGAGAGAAAGGGAAGACUGGGCAGUUCAUUCGGUUAGUGGAGCCAGAUUCUCCGGCGGAGACCGCGGGGCUACAGGCCGGGGAUAGGCUGGUAUUCGUCAAUGAGGAAAACGUGGAGGGCGAGAGCCAUCAACAGGUCGUGUCCCGGAUACGAGCUACCACGGGGAAUUUGGAGCUCGUCGUCGUAGAUCAGGAGACCGAAGAAUUAUUGAAAAAACACAAUUUAAAGUGCCUCAAAGAGUUUGUCACUGAAGGAAUCCCACUUCCCAGCAACGAAUCGGACGGGGAUGUCGGGGAGAACGGUACUCCGAGAGAAUCGACCCCGGUUCCUGAGAAAAAUGGAGAGGUCCUCGAAAAGAAGCUGAGCGUAAGCUCCAAGGAAUCUAAGGAGGAGCUGCGCCCUCGUCUCUGUAUUAUUAAGAAGGGAGAUGGAGGCUACGGCUUCAACCUACACAGCGAGAAGACCAAGCCGGGCCAGUACAUCCGGGCCGUGGAUGAGGACUCACCGGCCGAGAAAGCCGGCCUCCGGCCUCAGGACAGAAUCGUUCAGGUGAACGGGGUCUCUGUGGAAGGGAAGCAGCAUGCGGACGUGGUGGGCGCCAUCAAGGCUGGGGGUCAGGAGACCUCCCUGCUGGUGGUGGACCCUGAAACAGACGCCUUCUUCAAGAAGUGCAAGACCUUGCCCACUGAGGAGCAUCUCACAGGACCUCUGCCUGAGCCUGUUGUGAACGGAGAGGUGGAGGACACGGUUAACGGGAAAGUGGCCAAAGAGCUGGAGACCAAGGUGUCCGUCAGUCCCUCUCCGUCCAGUGCCUCCUCUAAUGCUUCCCUCACAGCUGCGGCCCCCGCCAGUACCCCGCCUGAGGCCCAAGAGAAGAUGGAGGAGAAGGCGGAGGGGAAGGAGCCGGCUGCGGAGGCCAGCCUCUCCCUGACCAUGACCCUCCAGCAGGCCAAGGAGCGCGCCCACCAGAAGCGCUCAAACAAGAGAGCUCCACAGAUGGACUGGAACAAGAGAAAUGAACUUUUCAGCAACUUAUAAACCUGCCGCUCUGUCCUCUCUCUCUCUCUCUCUCUCUCUCUCUCUCACACUCACACACACGUACAACACACACACACACACACACACACACAUAUACAUGCAUGUCAGAAAAACCACUGUGGGUUUUCCCCACUUUGUCCUUUUGCAAAACCAGUGAAAUCAAAAGCUAUUAAUAGAGAACAGUUUAUAUUUCUAAAAUAUAGACUAAAAAUGAAUAAAUAAGUAGGAAAAAAAGAAAUGGAUGACAAAAUCACAUGAAAAUAAUCUAUAUUUGUAUCCAGGUGUUGUGUAAAAGGAGCAGCCAUCAGUAGCUGAGUGUAUUUGAGUGGAAGAUGGGCAGAUGAGGGGAAUGUAUGUGGAAGGCCCAGAGAGAUGGCUCUGUGCAUUUGUGUUCUCUGUGUGCUGAUGGAGGUGGUCUUUGUAUCUUGUGAUCCAUGUGAAAAGGAUUUGUUUUUGUAAUUUAAACUAUGAGAACCUUUGCGGCUAGCAGGGAUGCAAAACCUUAUUUUGAUAGUUUUCUUUGUCUUCAUUUUUGCAAAUCUCACAAAGGACCUUAGCUGAAAAGGUGCUUGACCACUAACUACAACUCCAGACGACAUUUUGUAAAACUGAGCCACGACCUUCCAUGUACCUUUGUGUUUGUUUUGAUUGUUAUCUUUAUCACUGGAACCAUAUGAACCCUGUGUAGGUGGACCAAGUGGCUGGCGAAUGAAUGGAAACCCAGAGACAUCAGAGUGGAAAGGGCUCUAAAAGCAGAAUCUCAUUUCCUGAAACAUUUCUCAUUCUGCUGUAUUUUACUCCCUAUUGUAGCUUGUUGAAGCUCUACCCAAUAUAAAAUGUGUCAGAAGCAGGUUAUACAAAGAUCUGUGUGCAUUUUAGGGGGUCUAAAUGCAGUCAUGAAUUUCAUUUCAGUUUCAAGCGUGAGGAACAAAGGUUUCUCCUAUUGUAAACAGUACAUCCAUUUUAUGUGUGGUUGUAGACUGUCCUUCCUUUCAACUUCCUCAACCUCUUCGGUUAUUGCAUAUCAGUGUUUUGGCCUCAGAAAUGCGAGAUUUACUUUUAAACCCUUGACAAUCAGCCUACUAUAAUACAUUGGUUUGAGGGACCAAACUAGGCUCUUAGCCCAAAUCUAUUCUGUCCAUUUUAGCCAUAAUAGAACAAAUUAUGGCAACCAGCGCCAGAGUUUUAGUGACGUAGUUUUGAGAGGCGUGAACUUAUUUAGUGGUUUUGGACCUAUACUGUGGUUGUUACUAUUGUAAAUUUUUACUGUUGAUUUUUUUGUUUUCUUCUUGCCACUAGCAAUCUGUUGAAAUUUGAGAUUAUAUAUUUUUUCUUGUUUUCUCUUAGAUUUUUGUAUUCAUAAAUGUCUGUGAAACAAAAUUUUAUUUUGCGAUGUCUGUUAAAAUGCCUCAAUGCAUUGAAUUACUUUUGAAUUUUAUUUUGCCGCUUUGUAUUGAAAUUGGUUACCUGCCCCUUCAUUGCAAUUAUAAGCAUAUUGCUUCUCUUGUCACUUGCUAACAGUAGCAUUUUAAAAACGGUGCAUGCUUGUGUAUGUGCAUGUACAUCUGGAGGCUACAUGUAUAUUGACGACUACUGUAUUAAAAUUUCAAUCACA